CAGUGAGUAUUAUCGAGUGGUAUGCUAGUUGGGUCUUCAGAAUUUUAUAAGAAGAGUUUAUAAUCAACAUGGCGGAACAGAAGGGAUCGUCGCAAAGGAGUGAAUUGAAUAAAUCAGAUCUUAAUGAAAACGCGAGAUCCGGAGAACAGCUCACUGAACCUAAGAACAUUCAGGAUUUAACACAAUAUGUAGAAGACCUACUGCAUCAACUGCAAGAAAAAUUUCAGGUGAUGUCAGACCAGAUUUUAGCACGAAUAGAUGGCAUGGGUCACCGUAUUGAUGACCUAGAGAAAAACAUAGCCGACUUAAUGACCCAGACUGGUGUGGACACUGGCAAAUGACCCUGUUCCUCCACACGUUUAAAACAGUGAUGGGUUAAGCAAGGACCAGGGACUACCUCCAGGUGGUCAUUAUGAUUACAUAGCGAGAACCAUACAAAAAGCAAAACUAAAUGUUAUUCAUAUAAGUAGAUGAUAUUUAUUCGUGUUGUUAGAAGGUUCUUUGAUGACGGAUAUAAUAAUUCAUCCUGUAUCAGUCGGUACCUUGUAGUAGAAAGAUCUUUCUGAUUCAUCUGACAUCGUGUUAUUGCUGUUACUUUAGCCAGUUGAUAACUGGAUUCAUCUGAACUUCAUUUUUAAUAGGAUUUCUUGGCGUACACUUAGGAGUAAAAACCUAAGAACAAGUCCAACAGGUGACAGACCUGAGUAAGUCGUUGUGUCGUGAAUUGUUAGGAAAAUACAGAAUGUUUCCCUUCGUUGUUGUUAAUAAAUGUGUUCGAUCUGUUUCGAAGUAAGAAAACACAACUAUCGCGAGUUCCUAGAUAAUGGUUCAACACUAUCUUAGUUUACUGUCGUUACACGUUAUGACAUGAUAACUCUAUUCGUAGUUAGUCACUGUAAUGUUUAGUCACACAUUAUGACUUUAUAACUUCAUUCUUAGUUGGUUUUUCACAUGAAAUCCAAAAACCACCUUUUUAUGACUUUUUUUUUUUGCAUGAAGCACAUGUUUCAGAUACUAGGUCUGAUGAGGAGACAUUACAGUCGGGCUAAGAAACAUUAGUUUUGUAGGAUAAAACAUGCACUUUGUGUAAUGAAUUAGUCGUUAUUCACUAUCAUACACGCAAUUUGUGUACCGACUUGAUGAUAUUUACUAGAUGAACGUCUUGUUUACAGGCUUAGUCGUUAUUCUGUGUAAAACAUGUACUUUAUGUACCGACUUGUUGUUAUUCACUAAUAAAACAUGUACUUUAUGUACCGACUUGUUAUUCACUAGAUGAAACACGUCGUUUACAGGCUCAGACAUUAUUCUGUUUAAAACACGCAAGUUGUGUACCGACUUGUUAUUCGCUAGAUGAAACACGUCGUUUACAGGCUUAGUCGUUAUUCUGUGUAAAACAUACACUUUAUGUACCGACUUGUUGUUAUUCACUAUAAAACACGCACUUUGUGUACCGACUUGUUAUUCACUAUAUGAAACAUGUCUUGUUUACAGGAUUAGACGUUAUUCUGUAU